GGCUGGAGAGCCUGGGUUCAAAUUUUCAACGGCGUUGACUAAAUCCCGUGGCGGUUCUUGCGGGCGCUUCGCCGUUACCGAUGAGAGAGGUUCUUGAUAAGUACUUGCUAGACUUCACGAUAUCAGAAGAGAGGUGAAAGUAUAUUGCAACUUUGAUUGGACUUAACAGGUGGGGACAAUGUCUUACUCCUAUGAUGCUCCCACGGACUUCAUCAAUUUUACAUCUUUGGAUGAAGAGGAAGACCCCCAAAACAUAGAUUCUUGGUUUGAAGAGAAGGCCAAUUUGGAGAAUAGGUUUCCUGACAUGACUCCUAUGAGAAAAGCAAAUCCUCCGCAAGCUAUUGUGACACCUUUGAGACCAGUUGACAACACUUACUACAAAGAGUCAGAAAAAGAAAAUCUGGUGCAACAGUCCAUUCCCUCAAAUGCUCGUUCUGCCCUGGAAGUCAAGGGAACCACCUCAAGAAAUACUCCAUCUCUGCCUCAGAGACGAUCUGUUAGACUCUCUGCUCAGAAAGCUUUGGCACAGAAAGAAAAACACCAUGUGAAAACGAAAGCCAAGAGAUGUCCUACUCCUGUAAUCAUCAGUGAAACUCCACCCUCCAAAAGAAUGAAAGUUUCUAAUCAAAAGAAGUCAGAAGAGAAAGAUGGCAUUGCUCCUUGUCAAGAUACUUCUGGAAAGAAUGAGUCUUCCCCAGAGAAAGCCAAGGAGAGACGUACUAUGCCUGGUAUGCCACCUGUAAGACAGAAACUUCUAAAAAGUACUGAGGAGCAAGAGUUGGAGAAGAGCAUGAAAAUGCAGCAGGAGGUGAUGGAGAUGCGGAAAAAGAAUGAAGAAUUCAAGAAAUUUGCUCUUGCUGGAGCAGGACAACCUGUGAAGAAAACAGUGAGCCAGGUAACCAAAUCAGUCAACUUCCACUUUCGCACAGAUGAGCGAAUCAAACAACAUCCUAAGAACCAGGAAGAGUAUAAGGAAGUGAACUUUACAUCAGAACUGCGAAAGCAUCCUCCAUCUCCUGCCCGAGUGACUAAGGGAUGCACCAUUAUAAAACCUUUCAACCUGUCCCAAGGAAAGAAAAGAAAAUUUGAUGAAACAGCUUCUACAUAUGUACCUAUUGCACAGCAGGUCGAAGCCUUCUAUAAAGGAACCCCUAACAGAUAUCACUUGAGGAGCAAGAAGGAUGAUAUUACUCUGUUACCCAGCAAAUCUACUGUGGCCAAGAUUGUCACAGAACCACAGACUCCUGUGUUGCAAACCAAACAGCGCACAAGGCCUGUGACCUGCAAAAGUGCAGCGGAUCUGGAGGCCGAAGAGCUCGAGAAACUGCAACAAUAUAAAUUCAAAGCAAGGGAACUGGAUCCCAGAAUUCUGGAAGGUGGGCCCGUCUUGCCCAGGAAACCGCCUGUGAAGCCACCCACUCAGCCUGUUGGCUUUGAUUUGGAAAUUGAGAAAAGAAUCCAGGAGCGCGAGUCGAAGAGGAAAUCAGAGGACGAACACUUUGAGUUCCAUUCCAGACCUUGCCCGACCAAGAUCCUGGAAGAUGUUGUGGGUGUUCCUGAAAAGAAACUACUUCCAAUCACUGUCCCCAGAUCACCGGCGUUUGCAUUAAAGAACAGAAUCCGAAUGCCCAUCAACGAUGAGGAAGAGGAGCCGGUAGUGAUAAGAAGAGCUCAACCUCGGCCACAUUUGGGGGUACCUUUUAAGCCCCAAAUCCCAGAGGCAAAGACUGUGGAAAUAUGCCCUUUCUCAUUUGAUUCUCGAGACAAAGAACGCCAGUUACAGAAGGAGAAGAAAAUAAAAGAACUGCAGAAAAUGGAGGUGCCCAAGUUCAAGGCACAUCUUUUGCCUGAUUUUGACACUGUUAACCUGCCAGAGAAGAAGGUGAAGAGUGUAACCCAGACUGAGCCUUUCUGCUUGGAGACUGACAAAAGAGGUGCUUUAAAGGCACAGACUUGGAAGCACCAGCUGGAAGAAGAACUGAAACAGCAGAAAGAAGCAACUUGCUUCAAGGCUCGUCCAAACACUGUCAUCUUCCAGGAGCCCUUUGUUCCCAAGAAAGAGAAAAAAUCCAUGACUGAGAGUCUUUCACUAGUUCAGGAACCUUUUCAGCUGGCCACUGAGAAGAGAGCCAAAGAGCGGCAAGAGAUGGAGAAGAAAAUGGCUGAGGCAGAAGCCCAGAGAGUCCAGAAGUUGGAGGAAGUCAGGCAGCAGGAGGAAGAGCAGCAGAAGGAGGAGCUGGCCAGGCUACGGAAAGAACUGGUGCACAAGGCAAACCCAAUACGCAAAUACCAGGGUGUGGAGAUCAAGUCAAGUGACCAGCCUCUGACCGUGCCUGUAUCUCCCAAGUUCUCCACUCGAUUCCAUUGCUGAACUCAGCUGUGGGCUGCAGACACUACCUGGGAACAGGAGCUGCCUUUUCCAUCAAAGCUUUCUGUCACAGUGGUAUGGAGAGGACACAUUUCUUCAGACUUUACCUACCCAUGCCCGACAGAGCAUACCUAACAAGUGUGGGCUCUAAUGUUGUUGAGAAUUGUUAUCUUGCAUUAUGGAGGCGAAUAAUGAGACUCAACUCACAUAUAUCUUGGUCAGACUCCAUGUAGUUAUUUCCUUUGGACCAUCAGUUGACCUUUAAAAUGGGUUUUAACUUCGACUAGAAUUUAAAGUCUUUAUAUCAGCACUAUGUAAUUUCUAUUGCCCAUUCUCCCCCUCCCCCUUUUUCUUUUCUAUUUUAUGUCAGAAAAUAAAGGUAGUUAAUUACUGA